AUGCGAAUAAAUCUCCCAGACAUCUUGUUGGUUCCAAAACCUGCAGAUUUGACCUCAAGCUUCUCCCCUGACGGCAUCUGCCCCGAGGGAGACAUUGUGCUAGAGGUCGGGCAUGAGAAGGAGCCGUUGAGAGUAGAAUCUGACUUCCUCACGUACACAUCGGGACCCUUCAAGGACAUACUUGAUAGCAUAGGCUAUCAUAAACGGCCGCCUCGUUGCGCAGAUGAACCACUUUCGACGCCCACUGUGUGGUUAGAAGAUGAUGAUUUCAAUGCAUUGUACACCAUCUGCUGCGUUCUUCAUCAUCAACCCGACUUGCUGCCACCGUUUCUCGUGCCGGAACAGAUACUGCAGGUUGCCUUGGUGGCAACAAAGUACGACUGGUCCAAGGCGCUGACGUUUGCCCGGGCGUACUGGCUCAAUCCUGCCGAGAAGCCCAGCUUUAUCGACGCGGCAUACCUCUUUGCAGCCACAGCUGCCUUUGGAGACGAAGACCUCUUCAGAUACCACAGCUUACAAAUCAUUCUUGGGUAUAUCGAGCCAUACACGGAGUUGCGAAAGUAUAGGAGCAUCUGCCAAGUUCUGCCCGUAAAGAUCUUCAGUACUGAUCAAGACCUACGUGUAGAUAUGCUGGAAUGGAAAAGAAUCCGUUUACGGAUCGAACUGUCAAAGCUCAUGUUUCAGGGAGCAUUUGCUCUAGUGGCGUGCAACUGGGACUCGAGGCGACGGGACAGGUUUUUCCAUCUCCAUCAGGCAAAGUACAACCCAUUCAAGAUAUCUGAAGUGCCGUUAUCUCAGGUCAUGGAUGACAUGCGUAUGGCGUCGUAUGAAGAAACGGGCAGACCAGAGCACAAUGCAUCGUGCGGCGACCACAAUCUCCAUGCUGCCGAGUUCGCGAAUCGACUGGCACAAUUGCAAUGGGACUCCUGUAUCGAUAUGGCCGUCAUAAACUCAGAUGCAGACGCAGACGACGUUGAAGACGUUUCCAGCGACAAGGAUGAUUGCAUUUCGAUUCAUCUAGACGCGGAGGGGGCAAGUUCAGGUGAGCAAGAGACGAUAGUUGAUGGGCAGUAA